GGUAUGGAUAUGUUGUUAAGGAAGAUUUUGUGUAAGAGAUCCAUGGGUUUACAUACAAAGUGCACUUAAAUCGUAUAAGUCAACACAUGCAUUAUUUAGUUAAUGCUAAAACUUUAUAAUCAAUUUCAUAGUACAAUAAGCGACGUUUUUUUUUUUUAAAUCUGCAUCCUUCUCAAUUAUAUAAGACUUUCGAGAAACUUGCAUUGAUUAUUGCAAAAUAAAGGUAAAGUAAUAUUGAGAAAAAUUAAUGAGUGAUAUUUGUAUUUGCGUAAAACGUCAAUAAAACCGUGAAAACACAAGUUAUCGUUUGCCAUAUGUUUGGAUUUAAUUUCUUUUAUCGUUAAAUGACAGUUACUUCUUUUAAAUCUUAAUUAAAAGGACUGAAGUUAUAGAAGAAACAAGGAAAAACAAAGAAAAAGGCAAUAUGAAAAUGGAAAUGUCAAAAGCAAUAUUCAUAUUUAUUGCUUUAUCAACAUUACAAACUAACUACGGACAAAAUUGUAAAAUUAAACCAAAAGAGAUCAAUGAUGCAGUUGAAGGAAUACAGGUGACGCCCUUUUAUAAAACGCUUUCUUCUCUUGGACCACACGGCUGUCUUAACGAGUGUAUUCGGAGGAGAGACUGUGUGUUUUUCAACUACAAUUGGGAUUCGCGUUCGUGCGAACUUUGCUACAAUACAACGGAAUCAUCUACAAAACCUGUCGAGGGCUACUUCUAUAAGGAUGUUACAACAGAGAGAGGCGGACAAAGCGAUCCAUGCGUAGGAACAACCUGCUCCAUGGGUGAAAUAUGUGUUGUUCUAUACAACAAGAAUACAGUUUGUAUUGUAGACGGUUGACAGUUGUCGGCAGAGAGGAUGCUUGUAAGAUUUGCUAGUCUAAGACUUGAUACGAUACACGAAAGUGCAGAUAUACAUUAUCUACAAGUUUUUUUACUUUUAAAUUAU